AUGGCACUCCCGAAAGAUUUUCUGUGGGGAUUUGCGACUGCCAGCUACCAGAUCGAAGGUGCCGUGCAUGAAGAUGGGCGCCAGGACUCAAUCUGGGAUUCGUUCUGCCGUACGCCAGGGAAGAUCGCUGACGGUUCGGACGGGUCGAUCGCUUGCGACAGUUACCAUCGAUACAAAGACGAUGUUUCGCUUCUCAAGCAACUUGGAGCCAGAAUCUAUCGAUUCAGCAUCUCCUGGUCUAGGGUCAUUCCACUCGGUGGUCGGAACGACCCCAUAAACCAGCAAGGACUACAAUACUACGAAGACUUGAUCGAUGAGCUGCUCGCAAACGGAAUAAUACCAAUGGUGACCAUCUUCCACUGGGAUCUACCACAAGGACUUUACGAUCGCUAUGGCGGCUUUCUCGACAAAGAGGAAUACGUUGAAGACUAUGCCAACUACGCCCGAUUGCUGUUUAGCACGCUCGGURCCAAGGUGAAGUUUUGGAUCACUUACAACGAACCUUGGUGUAGCGCAAUCCUUGGCUACAGCACUGGGACUUUUGCGCCGGGUCAUACCAGCGAUCGUACUAAGAGCCCGGUGGGCGACAGCUCUACCGAGCCAUGGAUAGUUGGCCACAACAUCCUGCUUGCUCAUGCUUCGGCAGUUAAGAUAUACCGAGAAGAAUUCAAACCAACCCAGCAUGGUGUCAUUGGCAUAACGCUGAACGGGGACUGGGUCGAGCCAUUCGACUCGGCUUCCACCAGCGAUGUGGAGGCGUGCGAGAGAAAGCUUGAAUUCUCCAUCGCAUGGUUCGCAGACCCAAUUUACAAAGGAGAGUAUCCGGCUAGCAUGAAGCAGCAGCUUGGAUCACGCCUGCCAGAUUUUACUGCCGAGGACAGAGCGUUAGUUCUUGGAUCCAACGAUGCCUACUUCAUGAACACAUACACAUCAGACUUCAUCCGGGCACGCAGCGAAACUCCGGCUCCGCAGGACUUCAGCGGCAACGUCGAUGUGCUGAAGCAAAAUGCAAAUGGGGAAAGCAUUGGCCCUGAGACACARAGCCCCUGGCUUCGUCCCCACUCUGCAGGUUUCAGAAGAUUGCUCAAUUGGAUCUCGGAUCGCUAUGGUAGACCACCCAUCUACGUUACUGAAAAUGGCACGAGCGUGAAGGGAGAAAACGAUUUACCUGUUGCAGAAAUCGUACGGGACGACUUCAGAGCCAAGUACUUCCGUGACUACAUCAAUGCAAUGGUAGAAGCACAGCACCUUGACGGCGUUGAUGUCCGAGGAUACAUGGCGUGGUCUCUUCUUGACAACUUUGAAUGGGCUGAGGGCUACGAGACGAGGUUCGGCGUCACAUAUGUGGACUACACCGGCGGCCAAAAGAGACAUCCGAAGAAGAGUGCCCGAGUCAUUAGCGAACUGUUCGCAUCGCUCUGCAGCAGCUGA